CGAUGAUGGCGUGGACGAGAAAAGAAGACUCGACUGUAUAUAAUAAAGACUCGAUGCGACUCAAUCUGGCUAUCUCUCAAUCUGGGCGAAUAUCUUGCUUGGGUCUCAAUCUACCUCCUCUCUCCACACCUGUCCUCCGUUCCAGCGCCUUUCCUUGCCCAUCAUGACCGUCAAGUCCCAUCGCAUCAGAAUCUCCAUCGACCGCGGCGGCACCUUUACCGACGUUCACGCCGCGGUUCCCGGGAGAGACGACAUCAUACUCAAGCUUCUCUCGGUCGACCCGGCCAAUUACAAAGAUGCGCCCACCGAGGGCAUUCGCAGGAUCCUCGAGCUGGUGACGGGCCAGCAGUUGCCCAGAGGACAGCUCUUGGACUUGUUCCACGUCGAGUCGAUCCGGAUGGGCACCACGGUCGCUACAAAUGCCCUCCUCGAGCGCAAGGGCGAGCGUGUGGCCUUGGUUACCACCGCAGGCUUUCGCGACCUCCUCGCCAUUGGAAACCAGUCCCGGCCGAAUAUUUUUGAUCUGUCCAUAUCCCGCCCAGAAGUGCUCUUCGACCGUGUUGUUGAGGUCGAUGAGCGCAUCACAAUGGAAGACUACACCGAGGAUCCGGAAUCCUCGAAGACGAUCCCUAGCCUCGCGGACACCGACCUUGUCACCGCCAUUACCGGGGAGACUGUUCGAAUUCUCAGAAAACCCGACCUGGAUUUCGUAAAACUUCAGCUUGAACAGCUAUGGAAGGACGGAUUCCGCUCGAUUGCCAUCGUCUUCAUUCACUCAUAUGCACAUCCCGAGCAUGAACUGUUGGUCGGGAACCUCGCCCUGCAAAUGGGAUUCUCAACAACAUUAUCCUCCGAAGUGCAACCCAUGAUCAAUGUCGUGCCCCGCGGAAUGUCUGCUGUGGCUGACGCCUAUUUGACGCCCAUCAUCCGAGAGUACAUCAACUCCAUCUCGGCCAACUUCAACGGAGGCUUCUCCUCAGCGGCGACCCGGAUCGAGUUUAUGCAGUCUGACGGAGGUCUUGUUGACUACCGCAAAUUCAGCGGCCUCAAAGCCAUUCUUUCGGGACCGGCUGGAGGGGUCGUUGGCUAUGCCCAGACCUCAUGGGAUGAGGAGGAGCGUUGUCCCAUUAUUGGCUUCGACAUGGGUGGUACUUCGACAGAUGUGUCUCGCUAUGCGGGAGUAUACGACCACGUCUUCGAGACUACUACUGCUGGAAUCGCAAUCCAAUCUCCUCAGCUUGAUAUCCACACCGUCGCUGCUGGAGGUGGCUCAAUCUUGACGUGGAAGAACGGGCUGUUCAACGUGGGACCCGAAUCUGCGUCGGCACAUCCUGGGCCGGCCUGCUACAGAAAGGGAGGUCCGCUGACUGUCACUGAUGCGAAUCUCUUCCUGGGAAGACUGCUGCCUGAGUAUUUCCCCAAGGUCUUUGGCCCAAAGGAAAACGAGCCGUUGAACCGAGAGGUUGCCGAGGCCAAGUUCAUAGAGUUGACAAACACCAUCAACGAAGACAGAAAGUCGUCCAACCUCACUCUUUUUUCGCCCGAAGAAGUGGCAUUGGGCUUCCUCAAAGUCGCCAAUGAGGGCAUGGCAGGACCAAUUAGAUCUCUGACUGAGGCUCGAGGUUACGAAGCGGCUGACCACCACCUCGCGUGCUUUGGAGGUGCAGGAGGGCAGCAUGCUUGCUCCGUCGCCUCCGUUCUGGGCAUCUCGCGCAUCAUCAUCCACAAGUACUCUUCCAUUCUCUCGGCGUACGGCAUGUCACUUGCAGACGUUGUUCACGAGAUUCAACGCCCUGCUGCCACUACAUACACCCCGGAAUCAGAGGUUGCCAUUCGAGAGCAGCUCGAAGAUCUUGCUGCACAAGCCACGCUUGAGUUGACAAAGCAAGGGUUCGCCCCGGAUCGCAUAUCUUACGACGCCUAUCUUAACAUGAGAUAUGUGGGCUCGAGCAGCUCCAUCAUGAUCCUGAAGGGGUCCGAUUGGAACUUCAGGCGCGAGUUUGAAGACGCCCACAAGCGCGGAUUUGGAUUCCACUUCCCGGAGAAGUCCAUCAUUGUCGAUGACAUUCGCAUCAGGGCUACUGGUUUGGCUCGACAGAAAGAGGCUAAGAGUCCCUUUGUCCAACUCAAAGCAGUGCAAGACAAGAUUGUGCUUACUGCGCGACCGAGUGGGACAAGUCUCGUCUACUUUGAGGACCAUGGUCACUUGAACACUCCGAUUUACGAACUCCAAGGAAUAGACGUGGGAACGCGUAUUUCGGGACCUGCCAUGAUCAUUGACAACACGCAAACCAUCUUGGUCACACCGGGCGUCACGGCAACUACGCUGGAUAGCUAUGUCAUUAUUGACGGCGCUUUGAAAGACGGAUUCAAGUCGCAGCCAACGACGGAGGAGUUUAGUCCAAUCCAGCUCACCGUUUUCGGGCACAGAUUCAUGUCCAUCGCUGAACAGAUGGGCCGGACCUUGCAAAAGACUGCCGUCUCAACCAACAUCAAGGAACGCCUGGACUUCUCUUGCGCCAUCUUCAGCCCUGAUGGCGGCCUGGUUGCCAACGCCCCCCAUGUGCCGGUUCAUCUCGGGUCCAUGCAAUUUGCUGUCCAGUACCAGCACAAACUGUGGGAAGGCAAGCUUCGAGACGGCGAUGUCUUGGUCUCGAACCAUCCCUCUUGUGGCGGAACCCAUUUGCCUGACAUCACAGUCAUCACACCCGUUUUUGAGGGCGGCGAGAUUACCUUCUACGUUGCCUCGCGGGGACACCACUCGGAUAUUGGCGGUAUUCUCCCUGGAUCUAUGCCACCAACCUCAUCUGCGCUAUGGCAAGAAGGCGCUUCAAUUGAGUCAACCAAACUCGUCAGCGAGGGCCGCUUUGACGAGGACGAAGUUCGACGACUCCUCUUGGAGGAACCUGCCAAGUACGAAGGCUGCUCGGGUACAAGGCGAUUGCAGGACAACAUAUCUGACCUCAAGGCUCAAAUUGCAGCCAAUGCCAAGGGAAUCCUCCUGAUCAAGGCGCUUAUUGCCGAAUUUGGUCUUGCAUGCGUUCACAGAUACAUGUAUGCCAUCCAGCAUACCGCAGAACACGCUGUGCGCUCUUUGAUGCUGUCUACGGUUGCCAAAUUUGGCCCGGAACCUCUCACUGCCACUGACUACAUGGAUGACGGAACCCCUAUUUCGCUCAAAAUUACCAUCUCGGAUGAUGGCUCGGCCAUCUUCGACUUUACCGGCACAGGGCCUCAAGUUUUGGGCAACACAAACGCACCCAAGGCCAUUACCCAUUCUGCAAUCAUCUACUGCCUGCGUGGCCUGAUAUCGUCCUCCAUUCCUCUCAAUCAGGGUUGCCUCACACCCAUCGAUAUCAGGAUCCCAGAAGGCACCAUCCUCAACCCAAGUGCAGGCCUCGCAGUUGUCGGCGGCAAUGUUCUUACAUCGCAGCGUGUUACCGACGUCGUCUUGCGUGCGUUCCGUGCCUGUGCAGCCAGUCAAGGAUGCUGCAAUAACCUGACUUUUGGUACCGGCGGCAAAGAUCCCGUCACUGGAGAGCACAAAGAUGGAUUCGGCUAUUAUGAGACAAUUGCUGGUGGUGCUGGUGCUGGCCCGACGUGGGCAGGCCAGAGCGGUGUUCAUACACACAUGACCAACACCCGUAUCACGGAUCCUGAAGUUUUCGAGAAGCGAUACCCAUGCAUCCUCAGACGAUUUGAGCUACGAACAGGUUCAGGAGGCAUUGGAAAGAACAUGGGAGGCGAUGGAACGAUUAGGGAGAUAGAAUUUCGAGUCCCUGUGCAGUGCUCCAUCCUCAGCGAGCGCCGGAGCCGUCGACCCUAUGGAAUGCAGGGAGGCGGUGACGGUAAAGCUGGAGUCAAUUUGGUAAUUAUCGACGACCAGAUGACAGGCGGGAAGAGGGUGGUGAAUCUGGGGACCAAAGCCACCACGAGGCUUCUUCCUGGGGAGCGCGUGAUCGUGGAGUCGCCUGGUGGUGGUGCAUGGGGACAUGAAAAGCUUCAAAACGGAGAUUGCAUUUAGAUAGUGUUUGGAGCUAUUUUGUACAAAUUACGCCAUAUAUCUGCCUUUAUCUGAAGUGUGAAAUGUUGACUAA